AUGCUUGGCCUCGGCGCGUACGAGGACUCGCCCGUGGCAGCCGACGCGGAGGAGGCCGCUGCGGCGCCGAGCGCAGUCCACCUCUCCAUCGUCGACUACGACGACGCCGAGCCGGAGGCGCCCGAGGUGGCCGCCGGCGAAGCAGCAGCAGCGGUGCUCGGCGCCUCGCUUGACGACGAGGCGGUGCACAAGGCGGGGCAGCACCGGAGCGUCGGCGGCAGCGGCGUGCAGGUCUCCAUCGUCAAGAAGCCCGCCGCUGCUCCGGCGGACGACGCGGCCGCGGCCGGCGGCGAUGACGAUCCAAUGUCCGCGCCUGAGCACUUCACGGUGUUUUUCCGCUUCUCUGAGACGCCCUAG